AUGUCGUACAAUUCUUACGAGGCAAGUCAUGCCUUGGAGUCAUUGGAAGACUUCAAACGAAAGCUCGCCAACGAGCACACGACUGUCAGUGCGAAGCUUGAUCAAGGCGUAAGGGCACGUCAAGAAUUGCAGGAGCUCAAGUCGAAGCUGAUUGAAGAUUUGGAACAAAGUCGAAAGGCUUUGGCCAAGAAGGUCGAAAAGGUCGAUGCCAAGCUCGGAGCGACGUCGAAGCUCAAGAGGAACAAAGAGGAUCAGCUGGAAUAUCUGCUGGAGAGUCUUGAGGAAGCGCGAGGCAACCUCGAAGCUUGUGUCAAAUCCAAGACGCGACUGGAAGAAUUCAUCAAGAAACUUGAAUUUGAAAGCGAGGAGAUUGAAAAGAAACUUGAAUCGGAAUUGGAAAGAAGCGCACGACUCAAGCAGGACAAGGCAGAUCUUGAAUCGCAGAUGGAGGCCAACAAGAAUUCAUUCAAGGAAGAAGUGCACAGGCUUAAAGGAGCGAUCAAAGCUGAGGAGCAAAUUGCAGCUGGUUUGAAGGAAUUUGGUGUGCUUCUCAACACAGAGCUAGAAUUUCUCAAGCGCAAGUUUGUCAUCGAAACGAAGUUUAAAUCGAAGCAGGAGGCUUACCAAAAGAAAUUGGAGGGGGAGCUCGAAGCGGUAAUCAGCAAAUUGGAAGCAGAGAAAAUUGCCAAGAAAGAAUUGGAAUCACACAAAGAAAAGCUGCAAGUUGUCUUGAAGGAAGCAACUGGGAAGCUUGAGGCUGACCUCGGGAAUGUCAGAGUGCAGAUUGGUGCAGAAAGCAAGGUCAUGGAAAAGCUACAGCAACAUGCUGGGAAGAUGUCCGAACAACUUGAGUUUGUCAAGGGCUCUAUUAUUGCGGCAUCAGACAUUAGAUCGCAUCUUGAUCGAUACCUGGACAACUUGCAGGCGAAGAAAGCUGAUCUGAAGGCAAAUGAAGCUGCGUCGAAGAGGAACAAACAAGAGCUUGAGAUGUUGAAGACUCGCUUGGAGCACGAGUUCAAGGAGGUUACCGAUGUGUUCAAGGGUGAAAUUGAUGAGGUCAAUGGCAAGCUGGCAACUUCUGAGAGAAUGCUGUCACACAUGCAAAAAUACAUGGGAAAAAUCGAUGCUGAGUUGCAGGUUGUUCAUGAGAAGCUUGAAGUAGAAAGCUACGGAAGGCUGGAACUUGAGGAGCUUCAACGCAAGCUGCUGCAGGAGCGGGCUGAGUUGAAGGCACGGAUCGAUGCUGAGCAGAAGAACUCGAACUCACUGCUUCAACACAAGCGAAACUUGGAGGAGGAAAGAGACUCAAAGCUUGCCAGCAUGAAGUCUGAUAUCGAAGGAGUUGAGAACAAGAUCGAGGCGGAAAAAGCUGCGAUGAUUGAAUGGGCCAACAUGGCAAAAGAGGAGGAGGGCGAGGAGGCUGUUCUGAUGAAGAAGAUCGACGCCAAUCAAGAAGCACAUCAGGAGAUGGAGAUGACCGAACGAAGGCUGCGCGACAUCUUGUCCGAGAUCAAUGCUCAAGUCGAAGCAAUGACUUCAACCAUCGAGGAUUUGGAAGCAGACAAGGGAAGGUUGGAAGCUGAAGUCGAAGCCGUUAGGUCCAAGGUGCAGGCUGAGCUGGAUGAAGUUGACUUCCGCCUGGGCGUUCAGUCCAAGUCAAUUGCCGGCCUUGAAGGCUUCAAGCGCAAACUUGAAAGUGACCUCGAGUACGUGGAAGGCAAGCUUGACGCCAUCCGACAUGUUCGCGCUGAGCUGGAGGAGCACAUGAGGAGGUUGACGGAGGUGCUGCAAGGCUUGAACAACAAGACAGAAGCGGAGAGAAGAGCUCUGGACCGUCUCACCGACGACUUCAACCAACUCAAGGCCGACCGUGAAGCACAGAUCCGCCGUGAAGAGCAAGAGCGGGACCAGAUGCAUUCACAGAUUGAGGCAGAAGAAAAGAUGAGGCUGGGAGUCGAAGAGUACAAGCAAAAGCUUGUGACUGAGCUCGACCAGGUGGGGAGACAGCUGGCCUCCGAGCGAAAGAAGCAGCAAGCUCUUGAGGUUUAUCGCGACAAGCUUGAGCACGAGGUGGAGACGUACAAGGCAGACUCGAGUGUGCAUCAUCAGAGCAUUCAGGAAUUGGAGAUGCAAAAGAAGCAGCUCUAUGAAGACAUGGAGGAAAUCAAGAUGCGAUUCGGAGGUGACUUGGAAGAUGUCACUGAGCGCCUGGAGGUUGACCUGAGGACCAGCGCUGGUCUUGAGGGCUACCGCAAGAAUCUCGGCUCUGAGCUUGACGCGAUCAAGAAGAAGAUCUCGUCUGACAUGAAUAUCGGCGACAGAAACUCUGGCGACAGAAACUCUGGAGGCUCGGCAGGCGAUCGGCGGUCGGGAGGAGGAUACUACUACUAG